CAGAACGUGUCCUCUUCUCGUUGCUACCAUCAGGGAGGAGGUACAGGAGCCUGAAGACGCGCACUCAGUGUUGUAGAAACGGCUUCUUCCCUUCCGCCGUCAGAUUUCUGAAUGGACAGCGAACCCACGUACACCACCUCACUACUUUUAUCGUUUCAGCUCCUUCCUGUAAACUGCCGAUAAUCCGCGACCGGAUCGGUGCUGGCGCAACUGGCGGUGUGGAGCGAAGGUACAGAGGUGAUGGGAUGAAGACAUUGGCUGCUCCUGACUGGGACUGACGUUGAGUUCUAAGUUUUAUUUCAAUUACCGUGAUCCUCCCGCUCUUAGUCAGUGGUUGCUGGCGAGAAGGAUUUGGGCGCAGCCGAUCGCAGUGUUCAUCAACAUUUUGUCCCUGUCCUGUGACACCACCCUCAGCUCGGACAUGCCACAGCCCAAUGCCCGUGGGAUGGAACCUGCGUUUGGGGAUGCUUUUAGAAGCUGCACGUGUUACUCCUUGGAUCAAACUGUUGCCAGCCCAGACAGCAGCCCAGACUCCGGAUUCCUGUACGAGCAGGGGCGGCAGCUGGCCUACACUAACAGCUCCAGGAACGACCUGCUGAGUCUGAACCUGUACAGGAGCCCGAUGAAGGAGAACAUCGAGCUGCUGAGCGACCUGGUGGACGACGAGCCCUCCGACAGCAGUAGGUACGAGCGCUGGGACGUGUCAGCACUGGAGGACUUCACCAAGUACACCAAAGCUGACCUGUGGAACAAUAAGGAGCUGGACUUGCUGGGCCUGGAUAAGAACCCCAGCCCUUACCAGAACGAGGCCAGAGUCGCCCAGACGCCCACGCUGGCCGAACUGAAUGCGGAUGACUCCCAGCAGGUGGCUGACUCCUGGUGUCUCCUGCGGGCUGCCAGGGAGGCUUCUCCAUUCUCUACCAGGCUUGACGUGGCCAUUAGGGCCAUGGAGACCCCUAAGAAGUCCAACUCCAUGGAUUCUUUAAUGGAUUCUGACUUCCACUCAGAUGGGGUGUUUUUCCAGAGGAGGGAAGACCAACUUGGCCUCUUGAAGAGCGUUGUGCCCAGUAACAACACAACAGGGCCCAGAAAUGUUGAAGCUCCCCCAAGAUCUGGUAACCAACUGCUCGCUGACCAAACAGCCCCGGUGGAGCCUGCACCAGACCGGGGAAAGGGAGCCGCUCGUGACCGGCCGGCGCCCAGCUCCUGGAAGCAGCUCAAGUGGCCGGCAGCCGCGGAGGCGGAGAAAGCUGGCGCUGAUGACGGAGACGGCCGGACCUUCCCUGCCUGGCGGCCGAGCGAGGAGGCUGGGCCGGAGGCGAGGGCUGAGCUGAAGUACGAGGAGCACAACUACUCGCUGUUUAGCGCGGAGAGUCUGGGAUUGCAUCCGGGUGAGGACCGACUGGAGCCCGAGGAUUGUUCGGACAGCGAGCAGGAUGAUAGCGAGAAUGAAGAUGAAGAGGAGGAAGAUGAUGAAGAUAAAGAUGACUUCAGUGAUUACCUUUCUGAAGCAGGAAACGAACAAGAGGUCUCUGCUGACGUUGCCUCGGAAACAGGCGUUAGGAGACUGAAGCGGCGUUACUUCUGGGAGUACAGCGACAGCCACACCACGCCCAGCAAGCAAGAGCAUAUCCUGCAGCCCUCGGAAUGGGACCCCUCCACGUUGCCCAGUAACAUUUACCAAAAGGAGAAUGGCGUCGGACAAGGGCGGAGACUGGCGAAAAAGUCGCGCCGCACCGAUGUCGACGACCUAUCUCCCAACCCGCGCAAGCUGCUCCUCAUCGGAGACCAACUGAAGAAGCUGAAAAAGGUAAUUGAUGAUCUCCGGCCAGUGAGUGAACUGCCGAUGAACGCCAGGCCGCGAUCCAGAAAGGAGAAAAAUAAACUGGCCUCUAGGGCCUGCAGGUUAAAGAAGAAAGCCCAGCACGAGGCAAACAAAAUCAAGCUCUGGGGGCUCAAUACAGAGCACGAUAACUUGCUCCGGGUCAUCGUGGCGAUCAAGCGGCAGAUCGUGCAGAGGGUGGAGAACAGUGACGGGUCAGAGGAGGGGAGCAUGACUGAGAAACUGCAGAUGCUGCUGAGAGACACCAUUGGGCGGUCGGUGGCAGGGCAGACGUCUGAGUUUGUGAACGAGGUGCUGGAGAAGGCGUCGGCGGGAGAACUCGGCAGCAGUCUGAGUUGACCGGUUGCCCUCUGCCCGGAAUCUGUGCUGUGAAAGCGUGGUCUCGUUAAACAGCAACAAGGCAGGGACUUGGUUGCUGGAGAAGACGUCCUCCCUCCCCUCAGCCUCCAUCUACUUGCUGCCAGCCUUUAUUUCCCCUUUUGCAGGAGGGUGUGCUUGUCACGCUAGCCUCCCUCCUGAUAACCUUGCUUCUCCACACCCUCCCCCCUCAGCCCUCUCUUUUAGCCCCUCCCCGGCCGAGUUAGCAAGGAGCCAGAAGGAAGUGAGAUCCCCCUCAGGGUGGUUUUGAGGUAGAAGUGACGUUCGGAACGAGGAGGAGAACUGGAAGCCGGUGGCCUAGUGUGGACAGCCCCAGCAGCUGCUUCCAUGGAUUCUCUCGACACGUCGUGGUGACGGGGCCUUAGUGCGCACAGCAGGUGUUGUGGAGUGCCCCUUGUUUCUGAAAUACCCCAGCUGCAGAUGCGAAGCCCUCCAGAAUGCGUCAGCUUCCCUCCGGACUCGCUCCCCAGCUCCUUCUCCUGUGACUUGUUUCCUGUUGCUUUUGCUAUGAAAAUUUCCGAGACAAAACCCUCCUCCCAAGACGUUGGAUGUGCCGGUCGUUUCUGGAGCAGUCGUUCUGCAAGGGAGUUGUGCCAGGGCCAGGGAUGGGUUGUGACGGUGAGGCACUCCCCACCCUACCGUCCCUCUGUCCAGUUUCUGAGGCUUCCGAGCCUGCGAGUGUCCGACAAUCGGGAUUUAUUCAGCGAAUACUGUGAACUGCAAAAAUGCUGCAAAGCCCAUUGUGGUUCCUUUAUCUGACAUGCGAGCACUUUACAUUUUAUAGAAGUUCACUGUUACAGGUGUUAGGUGACUGACUUUUUGUGUGGGUGGGUGGGGUGUUCAGCAACUGACAAUGAAUGUAUAAGCUGGGAGGUGGGCUGUUGGUGUUCCCAGGCGGAACGGUGUGGGCCGGCUGUGUGUCGUCCGCCCAGCUGACACAUGCCUGAUUCUCCUCUCUGGUGUGCUUUACUUGAAGACAGCGGGAAACUGACCAAAGGGUGUGAGAGUGACCGAGAGCUAUUUGUCCAAAACUCCAUGGAGUUGUCUGUCCCCUUUUGCCCCAAGAUGUCGGCGUCAAGCAGCUGGGGAAGCUCCUGGUGGGCCCCGAGUUCCUGAUUCCAUGACUCAGCCUCUGUUGAGGGGAGUGUCCCCACCCUUUGUGUUUGAGGGGUGGGUGGGGGGAAUGAGGCAGGAAAGGUUACCUAC